AUAUUUUCCUGUUUAAAAGAUUUCCUUCCCUAACUUGCAUAUCUUGCAAACUAGAACACGGAACUCAGAAUCCAUUAACCAGCGCAUAACCCAAGCAAAAUCUUGAGGCCAAGUAUAGAAAUGGCCAAUAUUGAUUUGCUUCUUCUCUUGUUACUCUCUCUUUCUGCUAUUAUCUCCCCUACCCAUGAAACUACUAUAACCUCUCUUCCUACUGCCCAAAAUAAUUUGUCAUCACAAUGCCCCAUGGACCUUAACUAUGUCUUGAGAAUCCCAUGGAACAAAACCACUUGCCAAAAUUACCAGCCAUCCAAAAAUGAUAGUGCCAAUUCCGAAAUUGAUAUGACCAAUAAGGAUUCAUGUUGCAUGACUCUUCUGUCCCUCUUUGGGGUAGGCCUUGCUCAGCGUCUCAAGCAAACCUCUUACUUUCAUCUUCCUAGCUUACCCACCUCUGUUUCUUGUCUUCAAGAUUAUCAAGCAAAGCUCAGCUCUAUCUCUUUGGCUGAUGAUAUUGUGUCUCACUGUUUGGACCCUAUGCAUUUUGUCUUAACUCCUAAUAUAUGUGCCCAUGUGCAGACUUCUCAGGAUUGGGUUACUAAAUUGGGUAAAUCAACUGUUCUUGACUCUGCUUGCAGGCCUGAUCUUGUUGAUCUUAUAUCUUGCAGUGCAUGUGUGGCCGCUGGGUUUAAGGUUCAAUCUAAGCUGUUAUCAAUUGAUGGUAAUCAAACUCAUGCGACAGAUUGUUUUCACUUUACAGUUCUGUAUGCUGCUGGUAUUGUUAAUGAGUUUGGUCCUGAAAGCGAUGGUGCUGUUACAUGUAUAUUUGGGUUAGACUUGGAAUCUAAUAUGGUUUCAUCUAAUAAAGGUCAUUCUGCUCUUGUUUUUGGCUUAACUGGUGUUAGUGUUGCUAUUUUGGUCAUUUCUAGUUUGUCAGGAUUGUAUUUUUGGUAUGAUAAGAAACGGAGGAGGAAAAAUAAUUCUAGUUUUCCCUUUGAUUUGGAGGAACAAGGGUCUAGGCCAAGACUGAGGCCAAAUACUGGAUCCAUUUGGUUGAAGAUUCAUGAUCUUGAGAAAGCUACAGAAAAUUUUUCCCAGAAGAAUUUUAUCGGUAGAGGAGGGUUUGGUUUUGUUUACAAGGGGAUUUUGUCUGAUGGGACAACUGUAGCUGUUAAGAGGAUUAUAGAAUCAGAUUUUCAAGGUGAUGCAGAGUUUUGCAAUGAAGUUGAGAUUAUCAGCAAUUUGAAGCACCGGAAUCUGGUGCCUCUUAGAGGGUGUUGUGUGGUUGAUGAAGAAGAGAAUUGCACUGAAAGAGGGAGUCAAAGGUAUCUUGUUUAUGAUUACAUGCCUAACGGGAAUCUUGAUGAUCUUUUGUUUCCAUCAUUUGAUGAUCAAACCAGGAAGAAACUAUUGACAUGGCCUCAAAGGAAGAGCAUAAUUUUGGAUGUGGCAAAGGGAUUAGCUUAUUUGCACUAUGGAGUGAAGCCUGCAAUAUAUCAUAGAGAUAUUAAGGCGACAAAUAUAUUGUUAGAUGCUGACAUGAGAGCAAGAGUGGCUGAUUUUGGGUUGGCAAAGCAGAGUAAAGAAGGUCAGUCUCAUCUCACUACAAGAGUGGCUGGAACUCAUGGAUACCUGGCUCCUGAAUAUGCUCUUUAUGGGCAACUGACUGAGAAGAGUGAUGUUUAUAGCUUUGGGAUUGUUGUUUUGGAGGUAAUGUGUGGGAGAAAAGCUCUUGAUUUCUCUUCGCCAGGGUCGCCACGUGCUCUUUUGAUCACUGACUCGGUUUGGUCAUUGGUGAAAGCUGGAAAAGUAGAAGAUGCCUUGGAUGCUUCUUUGCUAAGAGAUGGGGAUUUUUCAAAUUCGAAUCCGAAGGCCAUAAUGGAGAGGUUUGUGCUUGUUGGGAUAUUGUGUGCUCAUGUGAUGGUUGCCUUAAGGCCUACUAUAUUAGAUGCUCUGAAAAUGUUGGAAGGAGAUAUUGAAGUUCCAUCCAUUCCCGAUCGGCCAAUGCCUCUUAGCCAUCCUUCCUCUUUUGGUGAUGGUAAUAACUUCAGCAUCUCCCCAGCACUGAGCUUUCCACGAGUGAAUAUUGGAGACAUGCUCAGGUAAGCCAGAAAGUUCGGAAUUUCAUAUUUUGCAUUACCUAAAUGGAUAUAGGAAAGUGGAGCCAUGUUUAUGUGCGAUCAUUUCUUCAGUUGAUUCAAGAGAGUGUGUUAUAGUGAAAAUGAACACGAAAUAAGAAGUCUUGAACAAUGAAAUGGAUCUCCAUUACCAUGUGGGUGCAUGUCUAAAGACCUCAAGUUAAGAGCGCUAGAGUCUGAGCCUGCCAAUUUCUGACAGUGUGCAUGGAUCAUAAACAAGAAUACUAUAUGUUCUGAUGCAUCCAAAGUGGCCUAUGUGACUUAUUAGCGUAAUUGAAGCUUUGAAGAGGGGUAUGACCUAAUGGUCUCUUUUCUUACCAAUCCAGGAAUGCAUGACUAAAGUUGGAACAUCUAGAAAAUGGAUUCAAAUGAUAAUUUGGAAUCAGCAACUGCCUUGUAAAUGAAGAUUUCUUGUUUUUUGAUUUUUUUUUUUUUAUCUUCACUUAGGAUGUUGUUAGACAACAGUACGACCGCAUUUAGAAUAUCUAUAAAAAGAAAAUCGAUAUGAAAUCACUAUGUAAUUUCAAUAUUUCAUAUACUCUAUGCAUUAGAAUGUAAAUAUCUUACGUGUUUUCUCUUAUUCCUUUUGUCAUUGCCUGUUUUCAGUUUGUGACUUGUAAAAUAAAAGGAAAUAUUUCAUAUAA